UAUAUACAUUAUUUAUUUUUCUCAUUUUCUUCACUUUUCUUUGAUGAAAAUAACAAACUCCCAGAAAUGACAAUAAAAAUUUUAAGGGUUUUCUUCAUUGGGUUACUUCUCCUCCAAUUUCCUUUGUUUCAGGUCGUUAGGUGUCAAUCAGAAAUAGAGGCUGAUGUUGAAGGAAGCGAGCUUGGGAUUGUUCGUGAGGAUGUUCAGGAUUUUGUUGGUGGCAAUUUUAAGCCAGCUCCUGGAGUUGAAACUAUCUGUUUAUUCCCCAAAAAUAGUGCCAAAGUGGUUCCAGCUGGAGAAAAGACAGAACUCCUUGUUGGGAUGGAAAAUGUUGGGGAGUCACCCUUGAAUAUCAUUGCAAUCGAAGCCAGUGUUCAUCUCCCUUUUGAUCAUCGCAUGCUUGUUCAAAAUCUUACAGCACAGGUUUUUGACAAUGCAUCUGUACCCCCUUCAACACAAGCUACAUUCCCUUACAUAUUUGCUGUUAGCAAGUUCUUACAGCCCGGAACUUUUGAUCUUGUGGGUACAGUUGUCUAUGAGAUAAACCAGAGCCCAUACCAAAGUACAUUCUAUAAUGGUACCAUUGAAGUUGUUGAGGCUGGUGGUUUCGUCAGUGUCGAGUCAGUUUUUCUUGUGACCCUGGGGAUUUCACUUCUUGUUCUCCUUGGUUUAUGGAUUCAUGGUCAGUUUAAGCGAAUCUCCCAGAAAACUAAGGCGGCUCCAAAAGUGGAAGUUGGAACUGGGACUACUGAUGCCUCAAUGGAUGAAUGGCUUCAGGGAACAGCUUACAAUCAGUCAUCUUCCAAAUCGAAGAAGAAGAAGUAGAUGGAGUAGUGCUCAUGAAAGUUAGGCAAUUGCAACUCUUGCUAAGUCGUUUGGAAAUUCUAGAAGUGAGGGCCGAUAGUAGUCUGAGAAUUAGGCCAGGAAAAGACAAACCUUGCUGUUGUAGCAUGCAGAUGCAUUUUUUCCCCAUUUUACUUAUUUAAUGCAUGAUGUUUAAUAAUUCUUAAAUAAUAUUAAAAUAUAAGUAAAAAU